AUGCAAAUCGGCCUCUCGGAGUGGCCAAUCAGAAGUCAGGUGAGGGAAUUUGGGUCCCCACCCCAACUGGGUGUGUCGGCACGUGUGUGGUGUUCUGGGACCUUUGUCCCGCAAAGUCACUCCGGGCGGGCACCCCGUGCUCCCUAUUUCGGGUCAGAUCUGCUGGCCUCUUUCCUCCUCCACACCCACCUCGCGAGUCGUGUCUCCUCCUCGUCCCGCCACACAUUCCCUCCCGCGCGUCUCGGGGUAAGAGCUCGCCGCGCUGCGGCCCCGCGCGUGCCGAGCGAGGCACACGCCAGGCUGCGGCACCGGCCCCUGGCAGUCCCGCGCGGGUGCGGGCGGCGCGCCACGGAGUUCGAAUCGCAGGAGCUGCCGCGGGGAUCCGGCGGGGCUGCCGCCCUGUCCCCGGGCGCCCCGGCCUCGUGGCAGCCGCCGCCCCCACGGCCUCCCCCGUCUCCUCCCCCGGCUCAGGAAGCCGAGCCGGACGGCGACGAGGUACUGCUGCGGAUCCCGGCCUUCUCCCGGGACCUGUACCUGCUGCUCCGGAGAGACGGCCGCUUCCUGGCGCCGCGCUUCGCGGUGGAGCAGCGGCCGAGUCCCGGCCCCGUCCCGACGUUGGCAGCCGCCGCCCGGCGCCCUCCGGCGCCGCCCGACGCCUCCUGUUUCUACACCGGGGCGGUGCUGCAGCACCCCGGCUCGCUGGCCUCGUUCAGCACCUGUGGAGGUGGCCUGAUGGGAUUUAUACAGCUCAAUGAGGACUUCAUAUUUAUUGAACCACUCAAUGAUACAAUGGCCAUAACGGGUCACCCACACCGGGUAUAUAGGCAGAAAAGGUCCAUGGAAGAAAAAGUCACAGAGAAGUCAGCUCCUCACAGUCAUUACUGUGGUAUCAUUUCAGAUAAAGGAAGACCUAGAUCUAAAAAAAUAACAGAAAGUGGAAGAGGGAAACGGUAUUCAUACAAAUUACCUCAAGAAUACAACAUAGAGACUAUAGUGGUUGCAGACCCAGCAAUGGUUUCCUAUCAUGGAGCAGAUGCAGCCAGGAGAUUCAUUCUAACCAUCUUAAAUAUGGUUUUUAACCUUUUCCAACACAAGAGUCUUGGUGUGCAGGUCAAUCUUCGUGUGAUAAAGCUUAUUCUGCUCCAUGAAACUCCAGCAGAUCUGUAUGUUGGGCACCACGGCGAGAGAAUGCUGGAGAGCUUCUGCAGGUGGCAGCAUGAAGAAUUUGGCAAAAAGAAUGAUAUACACUUAGAGAUGUCCACAAGCUGGGGGGAGGACGUGACUUCAGUGGACGCAGCUCUACUUAUAACAAGGAAAGAUUUCUGUGUUCAUAAAGAUGAACCAUGUGAUACUGUUGGUAUAGCUUAUUUGAAUGGAAUGUGUAGUGAAAAGAGAAAAUGUAUUAUUGCUGAAGACAAUGGCCUGAAUCUUGCCUUUACAAUUGCUCAUGAAAUGGGUCACAACAUGGGCAUUAAUCAUGACAAUGACCACCCAUCAUGUGCUGAUGGUCUUCAUAUCAUGUCUGGUGAAUGGAUUAAAGGACAAAAUCUUGGUGAUGUUUCAUGGUCCCGAUGUAGCAAGGAAGAUUUGGAAAGAUUUCUAAGGUCCAAGGCCAGUAGCUGCCUGCUACAGACCAACCCCCAGAGCAUCAGUUCCGUGAUGGUUCCCUCCAAGUUGCCAGGGAUGACCUACACCGCUGACGAGCAAUGUCAGAUUCUCUUUGGGCCACUGGCUUCCUUUUGUCAAGAGAUGCAGCAUGUUAUUUGCACAGGGUUGUGGUGCAAGGUAGAGGGUGAGAAAGAAUGCAGAACCAAGCUCGAUCCUCCCAUGGACGGAACAGACUGUGACGCCGGUAAGUGGUGUAAGGCUGGAGAGUGUACCACCAGGACCUCAGCGCCGGGACAUGUGGCCGGAGAGUGGAGCCUGUGGAGCCCGUGUAGCCGAACCUGCAGCUCUGGGAUCAGCAGUCGCGAGCGCAAGUGUCCUGGGCUAGGUUCUGAAGCAAGGGAUUGUAAUGGUCCCAGAAAACAAUACAGAAUAUGUGAGAAUCCACCUUGUCCUGCAGGUUUGCCUGGAUUCAGAGACUGGCAAUGUCAGGCCUAUAGUGUUAGAACUUCAUACCCAAAGCAUGGUCUUCAGUGGCAAGCUGUCAUGGAUGAAGAAAAACCGUGUGCCUUGUUUUGCUCUCCUGUUGGGAAAGAACAGCCCGUCCUUCUAUCAGAGAAAGUAAUGGAUGGAACUUCUUGUGGAUAUCAGGGAUUGGAUGUCUGUGCAAAUGGCAGGUGUCAGAAAGUCGGCUGUGAUGGCUUUUUAGGGUCCCUUGCAAGGGAAGAUCAUUGCGGUGUAUGCAAUGGCAACGGAAAAUCAUGCAAAAUUAUUAAAGGAGAUUUUAAUCACACCAGAGGAGCAGGUUACGUCGAAGUGCUGGUGAUCCCUGCUGGAGCAAGAAGAAUCAAAGUUGUGGAGGAGAAGCCGGCACAUAGCUAUUUAGCUCUACGAGACACUGGAAAACAGUCUAUUAAUAGUGACUGGAAAAUUGAACACUCGGGCACAUUCAACUUAGCGGGCACAGCUGUUCAUUAUGUAAGACGAGGCCUCUGGGAGAAGAUCUCCGCCAAAGGUCCUACCACAUCACCUUUACACCUCCUGGUGCUGCUAUUUCAAGACCAGAAUUACGGUCUUCACUAUGAAUACACCAUCCCAUCGGACCCUCUUCCAGAGAAUCAGAGCUCAAGAGAACCCGAACCCCUUUUCAUGUGGACGCACACAGGCUGGGAAGAUUGUGAUGCCACGUGUGGAGGAGGAGAAAGGAAGACAACAGUAUCUUGCACAAAAAUCAUGAACAAAAACAUCAGCAUUGUGGACAACAAGAAAUGCAAAUACCUAACCAAGCCUGAGCCCCAGAUUCGCAAGUGCAAUGAGCAACCAUGCCAAACAAGAUGGAUGAUGACAGAAUGGACCCCCUGUUCACGAACUUGUGGAAAAGGGAUGCAGAGCAGACAGGUGGCCUGUACCCAGCAACUGAGUAACGGGACUCUGAUCAGAGCCCGGGAGAGGGACUGCUCCGGGCCCAAGCCCGCCUCCGCCCAGCGCUGCGAGGGUCAGGACUGCAUGACCGUGUGGGAGGCAGGAGUGUGGUCUGAGUGUUCAGUCAAGUGCGGCAAAGGCGUCCGUCAUCGGACGGUGAGAUGCACGAACCCCAGGAAGAAAUGCGUCCUCUCCACCAGACCCAGGGAGGCUGAGGAUUGUGAGGAUUACUCAAAAUGCUAUGUGUGGCGAAUGGGUGACUGGUCUAAGUGCUCAAUUACCUGUGGCAAAGGAAUGCAGUCCCGUGUUAUUCAGUGCAUGCAUAAGAUCACAGGAAGACAUGGAAAUGAAUGUUUUUCUUCCGAGAAACCCGCAGCAUACAGGCCAUGCCACCUUCAGCCCUGCAAUGAGAAGAUUAAUGUAAAUACCAUAACAUCACCCCGGCUGGCUGCACUGACUUUCAAGUGCUUGGGAGACCAGUGGCCCGUGUACUGCCGAGUGAUACGGGAGAAGAACCUGUGUCAGGACAUGCGGUGGUACCAGCGCUGCUGCGAGACGUGCAGGGACUUCUACGCCCAAAAGCUGCAGCAGAGGAGCUGACCUCCAGCAGGCUGGCUGGCUCCCAGCUCUUUGCAAUUACAUUAUUUAUAAACACACCCGCUAGCAUGUUUCUCAGACCAAAUAUUAUCAGUUACAUAUAAUUUAAUCAAAUUAAUUUAUUUUGGUGCCGGCCAGACAUCCAAUAUGGUGUUUGUUUUGGUCAUACAAACAUUUCGGUUUAUACUAUAUGGCUUUAUAAAUAAUUUUAUAUGAAUAAGUUGGAUCCAGUUUCCAGAAUAAAAAUAAAAAGGGAAAAAAAUAAGAUCAUUAGGCUCUAAAAAAAAAUUUUUUUUUUAAAGUUAGGGCUGUCUCUAAGGUGCUAUUCUCUCCCUGCCAAUACCAUUGAGCUAGCCAGAAUGUAUACUAACUUAGCGUAAUAGUUUAGUUAUAUAAGGAGAGAAGUUAUUUUUGUUUUUUGGUGUCCUGAUACAGAAUUAGCCCAUUUCCUGUAAUCUACAGGGGAUGCGGAAACAUAACAAACCUCAUAGUGUUGAACAGGUUUUUAGCGAAUGUAUUAUGAAUUUGGUUCAGAUUUAGAGAUAUCCAUAGGAAAAAUUCUACUGUAAUUAUAACCUUAUUUUAAUAAUGGAAAAGAAAAGUCAAAAUAGAGACUUUGAUCAUGUUCAUGAACAUGUACUUGAACACAAAUAUUGUAACAAUGAAACACUGUAAUGAUUUACACUGAAUCACCAUUGCACUGUUGAUAUAGUGUAGAGAAGCCAUUAUAGAAAUGGUAACAUCCUACAAAAAUAUGUAUUAUUUUAACAUGUUGUCAUUAGAUUUUAGCUUUUUAAAAUAUUUUGAACAAAGAAAGCAGCCACCCACCCAUUUCCUUGUAUCCUUUUAGCAGAUUUAUAAGAGUAUAGUACUUAGCCUCACAAAUCAUAAGGAGAAGACUUCCCAAACAUUUUUCAGCCUUUUCCCUAGGAACAAGAAGAAACAAAACGCUCGUGAUCCUGUGGUAGUUUCAUUGUGUUUUUUCCUUUCGAAAACGAAAAGUUUUACAAUUCUGUGAAACGUUUAAAAACCAGCUUAAAUGUUUUCUUGUGAGAAAAUGUUGUACAUGAUUCACAUGAUUUCUUAGAUUUUUUUUUUCAAUAAAAUAUGUGAAGCUUCCUGUUGGGAGGCAGUUCUUCA